CAAAACAGAAUAAUGAGUAAUUUUGCGUGUUAUCCUUUUAAAAAAAACAUUAGACAAAGGACAUGCCCUGAUGCUUACUUUGAUCACGUGAUGACUAUUGAAACCUUUCAACUGUCCGGUGCUCACUACCUCACGGUGGGUUUUCGUGAAACGUGAUUUCGUUCCAUAAAUAGGAAUGCAAUUGUAUAAAGCUGAACGCUGCAAAUUGCAAGUAAGGCAUUAUGAAUGGUGAAGAAAUGCAAAAGAUUUCAUCAACGAACAUUUGUGCGUCACGCAAGUGUCGUGCAAUGAAAGUUGAAAACGUGAAAAACCCCGUAUUCAGUGCCCAGUCCGACCAACUUAAGACUAAGUCGCCAGAGAAGAUAGAAGUACUUUACUCUAGAGCAAAUGGACACAAGGUUUUGGCACUUGGCUCCAGCAGCUCUACAAGUUUUUCCGGAAGUGAUCCUGUAGAACACGACGAGGAAGCGGAAGUGAACCUGUCAAAAAGAGGCUCGUCUCGAGGACUCUCGGAGAGUUCCGGUUACACCGGAUCCUUGGACAGAAUACCUGAUCCAGUCCUGGACAGGAUUCCUUGUGAUCCGGAUGUUCCCAUGAUGGCUUACUUUCAUAGAAAUUCUAGAGCUAGCUCCAGCAGCACAACGUCAGAUUUGUUUUCGUGGGAAUGCUCGACCUGCAAAAUGUUUAGAGAUACAGCUGCAUCCAAAGAAACGAUGGAGUUCUGGAGCGAGGUUGAAACUCCAAGUCAAAACAGCACAAAAAGUUGCCAUUCCAAGUUUUGGAUAAGAUUUUAUGAAAAAUUAAAAGAAAAAUUCCCUAAAGAAGAUGGACUGAACAGUAAACAAACCAAGUUCCUCUUGAAGACAUUGCUCGAAGUGUGUGAUGAUGUGGAAGGAAUUGUCGAGUUGUCCAGGUUCUUGAAGAUUGUCAGGUUUUUUGGUCCAGUUAAAAACGAUGGCGACUCUGGAAGAUGCUGUCUCGUUAAACAUCUCCAUGAAAUUAUGCAGAAAUCUGUACAAAAAGACGCUACAACCAAAGAGAGAUUGAGCUGGUUUGCCGGUGAAAUGUCCAGAACUGAAGCCGAUAGUUUACUCCGAAAUCAGAGAAACUGCACUUUCUUAGUCAGAAUGAGUCAGAGCGGGUCAGACAAUGGUGACUUUGUGGUAUCAGUGGUGGAUGGAGAGGAGUGUAUCCACUUUGAAAUAGAGGGUAAUCCCAUGGAGUCGGCAAAGAGUCCAGACUUGAACUGCCACCUGCGUUUCCUGGGAAGGACCUACCGGACGCUCCCUGAGGUCAUAGGGGACCUCCGGACCACGCCCCUACAUGACGAGGACAGCGGCGAGGAUAUCUGGUGUAGGCGAAUCUGUCCAAACCUUCCCUUCAACAACGUCAUGACGCCGUAUAAGCGCACGAAAUGAAAAAUGUUCCGGACACUUUCUACUAUCUACUAAUGAUACAUGGAAUAUUGAUCACUGUUUUAUAAAGUGCAUGGAAUACAUACAGUGUUGUAGCUUUUUAGUUUUGAAAAAUAUUCAUAAUCCAAAAGGCUAUUGGAAAAACUUUAAAUUCUAUGGGCUCCACGUAAUUAAAGAAGUUUCUAGGUAUUUCUAGAAUAUUCAAACAUUGCACGUAAAAAAAAUCUUGAUUUUUAAAGGUUUUUUAUAUUAUAUGUAAAACUGAAGAAUCUGUCCAGCCCUUCCAUAAUAAUGUUAUGAUCCGGAAUUAGCGAUCAAAAUGAAUGAACGGUUCGGACACCGUUUAUCUAUGCUACACCAAAUAUAAUUUAAUUGUCUUGUUAUCCUACUUCAAAUAUACUUAAUCCCUCGGGCUCCACACAAGUAUGAACAUUUCUAGGUAUUUCUGGUAUAUUUAAAACGGUAUAUCCAGAGCCUUAUAUGAAGUAGGUAAAAUGAGAGAUUAGGGAUACUCAUAUAUGCUUUUUAUAUUUGUUAUGUGAAUUAAAAAUAUUCAACGAAGGAGUGGUGUUUUUUGUUUUGCAAAUUCAAAGUGAAUGCAUGUUAUUAUAUUUGGAACAAAAUUGAUAUAUCCUUUUUUUUUCUUUUUGCUCAAGGACGCAUGCAAUUUAAAGAUGGCACAUUUACUUAUCGGUAGCACGGCCGUGAAAUAUUAUUGUUGUUUAUCCAAGCAAUAUAUUUGUGGUUAGUAUGUGUGUUAACUGAUUAGUUUACUAGUCUGUUGCAUGGUUUGUUAGCUCAUAUUUAGGAAGGACUUGCUCAUUGCAUUUAUAAUAUACGUACUGAAAAUGAUUUUAUGUGUUCCUAUGCAAACACUUUAUAGGAGAGAGAGAGAGAGAGAGAGAGAGAGAGAGAGAGAGAGAGAGUAUUGAAUUUU